CAAUAAAUCCUAAUUGUGCCGCAGAAUGCAAGAUUACGGCACACUAUUAGCCAGCAGCCAGCGGGGUGCAGAAGAGUGUAAAAGCAGUAAAGUCAGUAGCCGCAAGGAGAAAUAUUCGCUGCGUGAACGCCAAAAGCGUCGACUUGGAUUAGCCACCAGUGUGGUCGAGUUGCCGAAACGUUCAAACCACAAGGAUGACAGCGAAGCGACCACAGGACCGCAGCGCACACAAAACACUACAACGUCCAAGUCGAAAGCGCCGCCACUUAGUAAAUAUCGUCGAAAAACCGCCAAUGCGCGCGAACGUACGCGCAUGCGUGAAAUCAAUUCAGCGUUUGAGAAUUUGCGGCAUUGUGUGCCGCAAAGCAUCGCAGUCGAUGAGGCGGGACCCACAAAUGAGAAGCUGACGAAAAUAACGACGUUGCGUUUGGCCAUGAAAUAUAUCAGUUUGCUAACGGAGGUGCUGAAUAAUCCCAACUUUAAAGGUGAAUUGCCUCUAGACUUCCUAUAUGGGAAUGAAGAGCCAGUGAUAAAGCAGAAAGUCGCCUCCAAACCUUUGAAAACACAGUCGAAAUCUACAACCGCAGCGUCGAAAAAUAACAAGCCUUCAAAUAAGGCGACAACAGGACGUACAACGGCUAGCGCUGUGUUGCAAAAACCGCCCAAACGUUUGGGUAAACGUAAAAAGAAGGAAUUAAAGUCACCGACGAUAACGCAGCGUAAUAGCUGUAACACCACGCCAGAAUCAAGCCGUGCCACGUCAAGUACAGCCACUUCUGCUUCCUCUUUUGUUACCUGCAGUGGAGAUUCACUCUCAUCACACUCUUCUAGUUUCCUCGAUAGUAUAACCAGUCCAAGUUACUCCAAUGGCUUUGUGCCAUCCAUGUCCGAGCUGAAUAGCCUAAUACUAGAAUCUGAUGGCGAAUCGCUGCAUCUUUCCGACCCUUGCCACAGUCCAUUGCAAGACAAAUUCGAUAGGCUCUUCGGCAGCGCUAAUGCUUUGGAGGGCAAGUCGGCUGUGGACCAUAAUAUUUUAGGUGAUAUUGAUGCGCCUUUGGAGCUGAGCUUACAGUUUCUUGGCACAGCGCCAGAGUCGUUGGACUUUUCAAUGGAACAACCCCCAACGACAUGCAUUAGUCCCUUAGUGGCAUUGGAUACAUUCAAUCCGUUUAGUGAUUUUCUGCAACCAGAUUAUCCAGAACAAGCAUCACUGGAUUUAUUUCUGACAUAA